AUGAAGUUGUUUCCGUUGACCAUUGCGGCGGUCUUGAAAGAAUGUGUUGGUGCGCGUAUACUCGGUCAGCGGGAUGCGAGUACGGAUAAUUCGUCGUUUAAUGUCUUGGAUUAUGUUGAUCCGUUGAUUGGGACAGCAAAUGGAGGCCAUGUAUUUGCUGGCGCGUCAUUGCCUUUUGGUAUGGCAAAAGCAGUUGCAGACUCCUCUGUGGAUAAUCAGGGCGGGUUCGCCUCAGAUAGUAAUAGUAUAAGCGGCUUCUCGCACAUGCAUGAUUCUGGAACCGGUGGUGGCGCAUCAUUGGGAAACUUCCCCAUCUUUCCCAACCCGGGCUGUCCAGACGACGACCUGAACCAAUGCGUAUACCGCUACCAAGACCGCUCAGUCGGCUUCAGUAAUGCAACCUUGAUCGCACAAGCAGGUUACUUCAGCAUCGACCUCGACAGUGGCAUCAAGGGCGAAAUUACAGUCACGAACCAUACAGCCUUGUACAGAUUCACAUUCCCUUCAGACGUGACUACUGCACCUAUGAUAUUUGCCGAUUUGAUUGAUCUGCCGCAGUCGAGAUCGAACGGUACUGCCUCUGUCGAUGAUAAAACUGGACGUAUUACUGGUUCAGGAACGUUUAAUCCUAGUUUCGGCAUUGGGAAUUAUGAUCUCCAUUUUUGCGCAGAUUUUUCCGGAGCAGAUAUCUUCGAUACAGGCGUGUUUGUGAAUGACCGUGCUGGAAAUGAGCCCAAAACAGUACAGACAUUGUCCGACGGCGUGAAUGAUGACGAGUCUUAUUCAGCCGGUGCAUUCACGCGUUUCAAGGCUGGUACGACAUCUGUCAUCGCUAGAGUUGGCGUUAGUUUUAUAAGCGUUGACCAGGCAUGCUCCAAUGGCGAGAAGGAGAUUCCGGAUUUUGAUUUUGAUAGCACGAAACAGGCGGCGCAGAAUAUCUGGAAGGAGAAGUUGGGCGUGAUUAGCGUGGACGCUACAGGUGUUUCGACAGAUUUACAGACUGUUUUCUGGAGUGGUGCGUACAGAGCUCUGCUGAGUCCUCAGGAUUAUACCGGCGAGAAUCCGCUAUGGGAGAGCACCGAGCCAUACUAUGACAGUUAUUACUGUAUCUGGGACUCAUAUCGAGCCAUCCAUCAACUAAUCACCCUCGUCGAUCCCCUCUCCCAGUCCCGCAUGAUCCGCAGCUUGAUUGACACUUACCGACACGCAGGCUAUCUCCCCGACUGCCGCAUGUCGCUAUGCAAAGGUUAUACGCAAGGAGGCUCAAACGCCGAUGUCCUGAUCGCAGAAGCCUACUUGAAAAAUAUCACUGACAUCGACUGGGCUACCGCUUACGAAGCCGUCAUUCAAGACGCUGAAGUCGAGCCGCUGAAUUGGGCCGUUGAGGGUCGUGGUGGGUUGACUAGUUGGAAGAAUCUUGGAUAUAUUCCGACAGAUGACUUUGAUCCGUACGGUCAAGGCCCGCUUACGAGAAGUAUAUCGCGAACUGUCGAAUAUGCGUACGACGAUUAUUGUAUUGCGUUACUUGCAAAAGCUCUGGGAAAGACGGACGAUUAUGAAAAGUACAUCAAAAGCGCGACAAAUUGGCACAACAUGUUUGACGCCAAUACCACUUCUCUCGGAUACACCGGCUUCUUGCAGGUAAAGUACUCGAAUGGAACAUGGGGAUAUCAAGAUCCGCAGUUCUGUACACCUCUGAUGAACUUCACAAGCUGUUAUCUGAACCCGGAUGGCCACGAGACCUACGAAGGUAGUACAUGGCUCUACACUUUCUAUGUUCCUCAAGACAUGGCCUCCCUAAUCAGCGCACUCGGCGGACGUGACACAUUCAUCGACCGACUGACCUACUUCCACAACUCGGGCUUACUCUACGUCGGCGACGAACAAGCCUUCUUGACCGUAUAUCUAUUCCACUACGGCGGCCGACCAGCGCUAUCCACAAAACAGGUUCACGCCUACAUCCCCUCGCAAUUCAACACCAGCAUAAGCGGUAUACCGGGUAACGACGACAGCGGCGCAAUGGGUUCAUUCUCGACGUUGAGUAUGAUUGGUCUUUGGCCUGUUCAUGGACAGGAUGUGUAUCUAAUAAAUCCGCCGUUUUUCAAAGAGGUUAAUAUCACGCAUGGUAUAACGGGUAAUGUUGCGACGAUACGCAAUGUGAAUUUUGAUGCGAGUUAUGCGGACUUCUACAUUCAAAAUGUGACGAGAAAUGGAGAGGUGUGGACGAAGAAUUGGAUUCAACAUGAUUUCUUUGAGAAGGGGGGUGUGUUGGAGAUUACGACGGGCGCGAGUGAGAGUGCUUGGGGGACGAAAGCGGAGGAUCUGCCUCCUAGUAUGGAUUCUUAUGCUUUUUAG